CCAGUGAAACCCCUGAAAGGAGACCACUUAUCUCGAGCAAUUGGAAGAAUAGCAGGAAAGGGAGGAAAAACUAAAUUUACCAUUGAGAAUGUUACAAAGACUAGGAUUGUGCUUGCGGACACGAAGGUACACAUACUUGGGUCUUUUCAAAAUAUUAAAAUGGCACGGACAGCAAUAUGCAACCUAAUCCUGGGGAGUCCACCAUCAAAGGUGUAUGGGAACAUCAGAGCAGUUGCAAGCCGCUCAGCAGAGAGAUUCUAACACGGAGGGGUUGUUUUGUCGCUUUUUCCUGUGCGAGUACUUGGGUUGGAACCAGACUCAUCACCUACGAGGCGGACUCUGCCUCAGAUACGUGGAAAUGGGGGGGAAAGAUGCUCUGAUUUCCAAAGAACAAUGGACUUUUUGUAACAUAUUCCUGAGUGGAUUAUGAAAUCAAAUAAAUAUCUAUCAACUGGAGGUAAAAAA